GCUCCACUGGCGCGUAAACUAGACUCCCCAUUCCACCAUUGCACGAGAAUUGAAGCUUCAAGCUUCCAUUUAAACCCGCGUCGAAGGUCUCAGGUGGACAAAAGCUCCUCUACUGUCCUGAUUCGUUAAACAGCGAGAACAAUAGAAUAACAGAGAAAGGAGAUUAAUGGGAGACAUGUACAAUGCGUGUUCGUCUCCUCCGACGGGAGGUGGUGAUCGCCGUUCAUCGGACGAUAUAUCGGUUUUCCUCCAUCAGAUUCUUCUCCAUUCUACUUCUGCUUCUUCGACUGGUUCGUCAUUUAUGACCAACACUGGCCCACAGUUGCAGUCAUUUGCGGCUCCUCUUUCUAUUCCGCGAGAGAGUCAUCCUCAUCGUUUAUGCGAAUCAACUCUCGUGAAAGACGGAAUCUCCGGUCUGGAUUCUGGUGAAGGAGUGAACGUUGGUUUUUUCCAGGGAAAUGUGAAAGGAAACGGGGCGAAUGCUUCGUCUUUGUCGAUUGGAGGAGCUAGUGAGAACGAGGCUGAUGACUACGACUGCGAAAGCGAGGAGGCUCUUGAAGCGUUGGCAGAGGAGGCGCAAGCAAAGCCUGCUCCUCCGCGUGGUUCAUCCAAGAGAAGCAGAGCAGCAGAAGUUCACAAUUUGUCUGAAAAGCGGAGGAGAAGCAGGAUAAAUGAGAAAAUGAAGGCGCUGCAAAACCUAAUUCCAAAUUCUAACAAGACUGAUAAGGCGUCAAUGCUUGAUGAAGCUAUUGAAUAUCUAAAGCAACUUCAGCUCCAAGUACAGAUGCUAUCAAUGAGAAAUGGAAUAAGUUUGCAUCCAAUGUGCUUGCCUGGAAUGCUGCAACCAGUCCAACUUUCUCAAUACAGCAGAGGAUUUGGCGAGGAAAAUGUGUCUCAGCAUAUGAAUAUAGCUGGCAGUCUUCCUUUGAACCAAGAAAACCCAGAACAAAUUAUCUUUGAUCUUCCAAACCAAUGUGCCAUCUCAAACCAGCUAUCAGUACCAAAUAUAAUAAAUUCAGAAACUUCAUUUGGCAUGGAAUCAUCAAUCAGAGCUCACUUUGGGCCUUUUCCGCUCCUCAGAUCUUCUGAGGAAAUUUGCAGGGAAGAUAUUUUGCCACACCAGCAACUUAAUGCAGAUCAUUUAGAAAGGAUUCCUUCAGAAGAAUUUGAAAUGGAAGCCAGGGCUGCAGCAUCACUUCCUUUUGUCACACAAUCAUCCAGUUUGAAAAACAGCAGCUCUUUAAGUGCAUCUAUGAUGGGAAGAGACCAGAAUGAAAGUUUAAUCCUAAAGAAUAUGGAAUAUACUCCUAUAAUUUCUCCAUAUUUGCAAAGGAUACAAACAGAAAGAAGUGCUUCAAGUGAUGAAAUUAAGAAGGAAAGACAGGAUAUUCGAACCAAAUAAUCCUAGAUUAACUAUCUGAAUUUGGUGUGGCUAAUGCAUGGCCCUCCAAUGUUUGUUAUCAAAUCUCCUUUGUCUCGAAUCCAAGAAAUAUACUUUUGUGGAUAAAUCCAGCUGUGGUUGAAGAAAACAAGUCUUCUAUGCUCCAGAUGAUGCAUGCAGGCAAGCAAACUAAUUGCUAUAUUUGUGAGAUUAGACCAAGUUGUUCAUAUAAAUAAACUCAAUAUCUGUGAAUUCUGACUAGGUAGGCGAACUAUUUUCCUGUCCAGUUGUAUUAUCUUGUUAUACUAGUCAUCAAUUACACACUGGUCUACAAAUUCUUGGCAAAGCAAACUGGAAUUCUAAUGGAGCAGAAAGUGAAAAGAAAUUGCUUGUGAUC